CGACACAUGCUUAUAUAAAUAUGCACAUAUUUGACUAGUCGUACUAUGUUUCGUUGGUCAUGAAAUAGUUUUUUGAGAGUUGAGCAAGGAAACGAAAUAGUUAUUGUGCUGUGUAUUACUAGUAUUAAGUCAAAAUAUUAUUGGUUACAUAAAUUGUGUACAUAUAUUGUUAUCCUUACUCGUUAUUUUUUAUAUAAUAAAACCUCUCAAUUUGUAUGCAUCGAAUGUGAGUUUAUAAGCUGUACAAAACUUUUACAAAUUUUUUAAUUACAAUGGAGAAAUUAAAUGAAUACGAGGGUUUUUCUGGUCGGCUGCAUCACUGGCGUGAAUCUUUUAAAGAACUAAUUUUAACACAAAGGGAAAGGGAUUCGACAAGCAUUUUUGAAUUUUUUAAGAAUGCUGCGAAUAAAAAUUUUAGUGGAAAUAUUAGUGCUACUCAAGAUUUUUCACACAUAUACAGACAUAAAACUCGCAUGGAGUUCGUAAGGAUUUCUGCAGCUGUUAUGGGCAUUGAGUUCUCGUAUGCCGCUGAAACUGCCUUCGUUUCACCAACUCUGCUAAAAAUUGGUAUAGACCAUCAACAUAUGACUUUAGUAUGGGCUUUAUCACCAUUGAUAGGGUUCAUUGCGUGCCCUUUCUUAGGCUCGAUUAGCGAUCGCUGUAAUCUAAAUUUGGGGCGAAGAAGACCUUUUAUAAUUUUGCUGUCAAUAGGAGUUAUUUUUGGAGCGACCCGCCCCGGCUUCGCACGGAUGCAAUGCUGAUGCUAAAGACAUUACAGAAAAACUGUGAACAUUGCAGUGGAUGUUGUUACAUACACAUAGCGGCUUCGCACGGGCACUCAACAUGACAUUUACACAAAUAUUCACAAUUUUUUGCGUCGAAUUUAAAAAAAAAUAUGAAAUUUAAUUCUUAUAUAUUAUUUAAGAUUUUUUUGUACUUUUUUCAUUGUUUUAUAUUUUUUUGUUUUUGUUUUUGUAUUUUUUAUUAGUGUUUUUUAUAUUUUUUUACGUUUUAAUUUUUUUGUUUAAUACGUUUCUUUUGUUUGUUUUUUCUCAAUAUCAGGUUUUUUUGUUUAUAUUUUUAAUUAUUGCAAAGAGGUCAUAAUCCCAAAAGAAAAACCUUUUAUUGUGUUAGAGCUUCCCUAUGAACUAUA